UGCAUGUGUGGUAAAGAUGGCAAGCAAGACUGGAGCAGAUGUUCGGUUAUGGCGGUUCUCUAUUGUUGUUUACUACCUCUUGCUCUUUGCUUCUUCUGUUAACGCUGCUAGGUCAACUCCGGGAAGCGACAGUCAAGAGAUGAAACAAUCAACCCCGUUGAGACUACAAAUCACAGAUACACACGUGGUGAUGGAGAAUAACUUCAUCACAGUCACGUUAUCCAAUCCAGCUGGAGGAAUUGAAGGGAUUAAGUAUCGAGGAAUUAGAAAUGUACUGGAAUAUGGUCUUAGAGAAACAAAUAGAGGGUAUUGGGAUAUCGUGUGGAGCAGGCCAGGGAUAAGCACGGGCAACUUUGAUAGGCUUCCAGGAACACAGUUCAGUGUAAUAACAGCAGACGAGAACCAAAUUGAAGUCUCCUUUACGAAGACUUAUAAUCCAAAUGAUUCUUCAAGUGUUCCUAUGGACUUUGAUAAGAGAUAUGUAAUGCUGCCUGGCAGCUCUGGGUUCUACACCUACGCCAUAUACAAUCAUCCUGAAGGGUGGCCUGAUGUAGAUAUCGGUGAAACUCGACUUGCUGUCAAACUGCAAAGAAAACUGUUCAACUAUAUGGCAAUAUCAGAUGACAUACAGAGAGUGAUGCCCAGUGACAGUGAUCGAUCGGCUGGGCACCCUCUUGACUACAAAGAAGCUGUUUUACUAACCAAACCAUCCAAUCCUAGCUUGAAAGGAGAGGUGGACGACAAAUACCAAUACUCCUUAGAAAACAAGGAUACUAAGGUACACGGGUGGGUUUGUCCCAAGCCACAUGUUGGGUUUUGGAUCAUCACGGGAGGGGAUGAGUUCCGAUCAGGAGGACCAAUAAAACAAGACCUCACUUCGCAUGUCGGUCCGACUGCCUUAUCGAUAUUCUUCAGUGGUCAUUAUGCUGGUAACGAUUUUAGUCUUAGCUUGCGAAAUGGUGAAGCCUGGAAAAAGGUUUUUGGCCCAGUUUUUAUUUAUCUAAACUCUGAUCAAGGCACUGACCCAAAAAGUCUCUGGGAAAAUGCCAAACAACAGAUGGUUUUAGAAACUAAAAGUUGGCCUUAUGAUUUCCCAAAGUCUGAAGACUAUCCCAGUGCCAGUCAACGGGGCACAGUUUCAGGCCAACUACUAAUCCGUGAUAGGUAUCUGAGUCAAGAACUUAUGCCAGCAAAAUCUGCAUAUGUGGGUCUGGCUCCACCAGGACUUGCUGGAUCUUGGCAAGAAGAUGUCAAGGGCUACCAAUUUUGGACACAAACAGACGACAACGGGUACUUCAAGAUUAGUGCUGUCAGGCCUGGAAACUAUAGCUUGUAUGGUUGGGCCCCUGGAAUCCUAGGAGAUUACAAAUACAACAUUGACGUUAAAAUCAACCCAGGAGAUGAAAUUAAUCUGGGCGGGCUUGUCUUUGAUCCUCCAAGAAAUGGUCCAACUUUAUGGGAAAUCGGUAUCCCUGAUCGAAAGUCUGCAGAAUUCUUUGUCCCUGAUCCUGUCCCGGAGUUAAUGAACUAUGCUUUAACAAAUCAUACUGAAAAGUAUAGACAAUAUGGAUUAUGGGAUCGAUACACAGAUGCAUAUCCUUACCAAGAUUUGUCCUACACAGUUGGACAAAGUGAUUACCAGAAAGACUGGUUCUUUGCUCAUGUGAACAGGAAAGUUGGGAAUGACACGUAUGAACCAACGACAUGGACAAUCUUGUUCCCUCUCGAGAAUGUUAAUUGGGCAGGAACCUAUACACUGCGGAUAGCGUUAGCUUCUUGCAACUUUGCGAAAAUUCAGGUUUGGAUUAACAGUGAUCCUGGUACGAGAAUGCCCGGAUUCACAACAGGCGGAAAUGGAAGGGACAAUGCAAUUGCGAGGCAUGGAAGUCAUGGGUUGUAUAGUCUGUGGAGCUUUGAGUUUCCAGGAACUAUGGUUGGGAAUGGAAGAAACACAAUAUAUUUGAGGCAGCCAAGAGGAGGAUAUCGGUUCAAUGGAGCCAUGUAUGACUACAUCCGUUUGGAAGGGCCAAGCUACUGAUGAGAUAUAUGGAAUCUGUAUCUGUAUAUAUAUAUAUAUGUGUGUGUGUAUACACAUUUACACAUAGAUAUAGAUAAAUGGUUUAGCUUUUAGCUCCCCAAGGGAUCAAUUGGUUUG